AUGAUAUCUAUUUUGUGCACAUGGAAUUGUCAUUUAUUAUUGUAUAACAGAAUGCCCGAAUCGAGAACCAUCACUAAGAGAUCAUCCAAAUUCACCAAGAAGGCUAUUGAGCACGAUGUAGUCGAAAAGAAGGAGGAUACGAAGUACCCUGUGGGUCCCUGGGCUAUGGCGUUCUUUGCUUUCGUGAUUGUUGGUUCCACUCUCUUCCAGUUUAUCAGUAUGUGGUAUAGUAGUUAAAAGGGGUACUUAUU